AUGUCGCUCGCCUUCCCCGAUGUCCUCUACGUCGACAGCGACGAGCGAGUGGGCGACGUGUUUGCGUCCACGAAAACUGCAGAGUAUGUGAACGAGAACAAGACUUACGGAGAGGAGCACGCUCUGGAGUUUCGCUGUGCCGAUUACACCCAGCUGCGACCGGAUCGAAAGUUCGACCUGCUGGCGUCUCUCAGUGCAGGGCAGGCGGCGCCUCACUGCUCAAAGCACAUUCGGGAGGGCGGAUUCAUUCUGGCGUCUGAUACACAUAGUGACGCCCGCACCGCAUUGCUGAUGGACUGCUGGGAGCUGUUUGCGGUCUGGGACGAUGAAACGGAGACGUUCACUACCAAGAAGGACGCUUGAUCGCUGCUUUCGUGUCAGGGGCACCGGCGACUUGAUAUCGGCGGAGCAGGUCCGCGAGAGCGUUGAAAUCGGGACUGUCAGGAAGCGCAAAUUCAAGCUGAUGAGUGAACCCAUGUUCUUUUUGUUCCGCAAGAAGCGGGACAGCGGGAAGGGAACAUCUUCCCAGAUCAGAUAGUAAUGUAAGGCCUUGUUUGGCCGCGAGAGAGCGCGGUCAACAAAUGCCUUCAAAUCGCGAGGUUGAGAUAUGUACGUACCAAGUAGACUCGGCGGACGAUGAUGAUCUCUUCUUGUAUUAUUGUUGCGUUGUGGUUCAAAAUAGAAACGAGGGCAUCGUCCUACUCUGUUCGCCGCUCCUACUGUAGGGGUCUUCUAACUGUAACUGCCGCACAGCAGCCAUUCCCACAUCCUUUUGGUACGAUUGGUAUCGUCGGGUGCUGUGCAUUUGUAGAGGUACUGCAUAUUGUCUCUCUUAUGUAGAAGAAGUUGUCUCUACAGGCGUUUGCU